UAGCAUACCAAUACUAAUGAGUUACAACCAAUGAAGAUAUUGCUGUAUCCAUGCUUCAUUAAAAAAAGGAGAGUCCAUCGGGCCUCCCUUCCUUCAUAUGGGUUAAUUGUAUAUUAUUUUAUUCUAUUUUAUGUAAAUUUUGUCUCCAUAUAUACAUAGAUUUCUCUUCAUCCCAAGAGCGUGAGAUAGAGAGUAGAAGAUUGGAGUUGAGUGUAAUCAAAAUGAAACUUUUCUUGUUCUAUCUUGUUCCUUUCGUCUUGUUCUUCUGGUGUUCCCAAGUUCGUCUUGUGCAAGGGCGAUUGCUCUCGAUCGCAACAAAACCUGACCCAAAGGAUGCUGUUGCAACUGCCCGUUGGUUGGUGUCUUUGAAUUUCUGGGGCGUCUUAAGUACUAUCUCAACUGAUUUGGAUGGAGCACCCUUUGGAAAUGUGGUAUCAUUUAGUGAUGGACUACCGAACCAAGGCAUCGGCAUCCCGUACUUCUACUUAACUACUCUAGACCCAACAGCAAGACAUGCAUUAAAAGAUGGAAGAGCUUCGUUGACCGUCAGCGAGUACCCUCUCGGGACUUGUGGCAAGAUCGACCCAGAGAAUCCUACAUGUUCGAAAAUUACUCUUACAGGGAAGCUGAAAUUGGUUGAUGAAGAGUCAGAGGAAGCCGAAUUUUCCAGAAAUGCCUUGUUUUCCAAGCAUUCAGAGAUGAUGGAUUGGCCGGAGGAUCACAAAUUUCAGUUCUUCAAAUUGGAAAUUGAGAAAAUAUUUUUGAUUGAUUGGUUUGGUGGCCCAAAACCUAUUACAGUGGAACAGUACUUACAUCCUAAAAUGAACAAUCAUGCAUUCAUUGUCUGAAUGCUCUUCUGUUUGCCACUCCAUAUUGUUGCAAAGGAAACAGCAUUUGUUGUACCUGUCGGUAACUACAAAUAAAUCAAAUGUUUGUGAAAAUGUGAUAUGUAACCAUACAAACUGAUUGGCUAAAAAAGUGUUGAUAUUCUGCCUCAGAGCACCCAUGUAAUUCUUAAAUCAUGUAUAUCAAUUUAUUUGGUCACAAAA